GCUGGGACGCGCGCGCCGGGACGCACUUUAGGGCGCAAUGGCCGCGUGGGCAGAGAAGCUAGCUGGGCUGCGCGGGGUGCUGCUGGACAUCUCGGGAGUGCUGUACGACGGCGGCGAAGGAGGCGGCACGGCCAUCCCCGGCUCGGUCGACGCGGUGGCGAGGCUGAAGCGUUCGGGAUUGAGGGUUCGGUUCUGCACAAAUGAGUCCCAGAAGACACGGGGGGCCCAGGUCCAGCUGAUGCGGCAACUUGGUUUCGAUGUCUCUGAGGAAGAGGUGACAGCACCAGCCCCAGCUGCCUGCCAGCUUCUGCGGGAACAAGGCCUGCGGCCACACCUGCUUGUCCAUGAAGGCAUCCGUUCCGAGUUUGAUGGCAUCGACACAUCCAGCCCCAAUUGUGUAGUGCUCGGGGAUGCGGCUGAGGCCUUCUCCUUCCACAACAUGAACAUGGCCUUCCGGGUGCUCAUGGAGCUGCCCAAGCCCAAGCUCAUCGCACUGGGCACAGGGCGCUACUACAAGGAGACCUCGGGGCUGAUGCUGGACGUGGGGGCCUACGUGAAGGCACUCGAGUAUGCCUGCGGGAUCCAGGCCCAUGUGGUGGGGAAACCCUCCCCUGAGUUCUUCAAAUUGGCCUUGAGAGAACUGGGGGUCGAAGCCCACCAGGCCAUCAUGAUUGGAGAUGACAUCGUGGGUGACGUGGGCGGUGCCCAGCGCUGUGGCAUGCGGGCCCUGCAGGUGCGCACGGGCAAGUUCAGGCCCAGUGAUGAGCAGCACCCCGAGGUGACGGCCGACGGUCAUGUGGACAACUUGGCAGAGGCCGUGGACCUGCUACUGAAGCACGCAACUUUGUGAGGGGGUUUGGGGCCCCUGUGAGGGUGUUGGGGUCCUGUGUGUGGGUUGGGCAGACCCCUCUGCCCCGAUGUGGGGGGCCAGCACCCCUGUCUCCAGACUGCCCCCACUCAUCAUCUAGACAGGACUCCCCUAUCCCCCAGCUGAGGACAUCUCCUGGGGAAAUCCCCAAGCCAGCGGGGCUGCGCCCCAACACUGACACAUGUCUCCCAUUUUCCCAUGACUGUGAGGCUUCUGCCUAAUAAAAUGCUCAAGCUCCUGA